AUGAGAAGAUUCAACACUACCUUUCAUCAUCCUACUGGUUUUGUGCUGAUGGGCUUUUCUGAAUGGCCCAGACUAGAAAUGAUCCUCUUUGUGGCUAUCUCCAUUUUCUACAUUAUGACCCUCCUUGGGAACUCAGCCAUCAUUAUCCUAUCUCGCCUUGAUCCCCGACUCCACACACCCAUGUACUUCUUUCUGGCUAAUCUUUCCUUUUUAGAUCUCUGCUAUACCACCUCCACUGUUCCCCAAAUGCUGGUAAAUAUACAGAGUGCCAGGAGAAGUAUCAGUUAUGUUGGCUGUGUAGCUCAACUUUUCAUCUUUCUUGGUUUGGGAUCCACUGAAUGUGUACUUCUUUCAGUAAUGGCCUUUGAUCGUUAUGUAGCUAUAUGUAGACCUCUACAUUACACAGUUAUCAUGCAUUCUCGGCUAUGCCAACAAUUGGCAGCAGUGGCUUGGGUAACAGGUUUCAGCAAUUCCUUGGUACAAACAGUGCUAACCUUCUUGUUACCUCGUUGUGGUCAAUAUAGGGUAGAGAAUUUCUUCUGUGAGGUCCCUGCUAUGCUUCAACUAUCUUGCAUUGAUACGUGGAUCAAUGAAGUAGAAAUGUAUGCAGCUGUAGUGAUCAUAAAGGUUAUCCCAGUUGGAUUAAUUCUAUUCUCUUAUAUCAACAUUGUGAGAGCUGUAGUAAGGAUCCAAUCCUCUGAGAGUCGUAAAAAAGCUUUCAACACCUGUGGAUCUCAUUUGCUUGUAGUCAUUAUGUUUUAUGGCUCAGCCAUUAGUGGUUACGCAUAUAUGGCACCCAAGAGCAGCUCAGCCAAACUGAAAGGGAAACUUCUUGCACUCUUCUAUGGACUUAUAACUCCAAUGCUCAACCCUCUGAUAUAUACUUUGAGAAACAAGGAUGUUAAAGGUGCAGUAAAGAAGUUGCUUGGGAGAGAACAAGAGCAAGGGUGGAACAUGGCUUAG